AUGGCAUCCAAUAGUUACGUUGGUCAGAGACGGUCCUAUGAUGGCGCUCUCUGUACAGUCCGCUAUAUAGGCUCAGUCGCUGGCACCUCAGGCACAUGGCUCGGGGUGGAAUGGGAUGACUCCGGACGUGGAAAACACGAUGGCCAACACAAGGACGUCAGAUAUUUCACCUGCCUUUCCAAAUCCCCCACCGCCGCUUCAUUUGUGCGACCAACUCGCCCCGCAGACGCGCCACAGAGCUUCGUGGCCGCACUGAACGGUAAGUAUGCCUCUGAAGCCGCGGCCGAGCGCGAGCCUGAGAUUCAAAUCGUCUUCUUUGGCAAGAAGCCCGCUGAAGAGGUUGGCUUCGACAAAAUCCGGCGACAGCUUGCGCGCGUCGAGGACCUGACCAUUGUGAUCCUUGACGGGACCUGCAUUGCCGUUGACGUCGCGCCUGGGGACAAGGGUGUCAAGGAGACGAGUCCGCUCAUCAUCGAGCUAGACUUGAGCAGGAACCUGUUUGAAGAGUUUAUACAGGUCGUUCGGAUAUGUCAGGAGUUAGUUAGCCUGAGGAGUCUAAGGCUCAAUGGUAACCGCUUUAGAAUUAUUGAAGAUGAGGAGACAAAGGCGUUCACGAACGUCAAUGAGCUGGAACUCGAAGAAACCUUGUUGAGUUGGAAGCCUCUUGUCGACAUCUCACGCAAGCUUCCAUCUCUGGCCACGUUGAGCUGUAGCUUGAAUCAACUUUCGGCGCUCCCGAACAUCCCACUCGGUCACCUCGUCGACACCCUCACAACUCUGACUCUAGAAUUCAACGAGUUCACCUCCUUCUCAGAUCUUUCAUCUCUUUCAGCCCUCAACUCCCUUCGAAACCUUCAUCUUAAAGGCAACAACAUCUCCGCCAUCUCUUCAACUUCAGGUCAGGCGCCCGUCUUCCCGACAAGCCUCCAAUAUCUCGAUAUCUCUUAUAAUGCCGUCACAAAUUGGUUCUUCGUCGAUGCGCUCCCCUCGUCCUUCCCAGGUCUCACUGCCCUCCGGUUUGCACAUAAUCCCAUUUAUGAGCGCCCCGAUCCUGGCGGCGCAGGUGGCGGCGGAAACCAGACCAAGUCUACAGAUGAGGCAUAUAUGCUGACCAUUGGGCGUUUGGGCUGCCUUAAGGCUCUUAAUUUCACCUCUAUCUCAACCUCGGACCGUUCUAAUGCUGAAAUGUUUUACCUCUCUCGUAUCGCGAAACAGCUUGCCUCCGUCCCCGAGGCAGCAGAACCUGAGGUUCUCGCCCAGCAUGCCCGGUACGCAGAGCUCUGCGCCAUUUAUGGCGCCCCAGAUAUCAUUCGCCGAGAUGAAAUAAACCCUACUUACCUCGAGGCGCGCCUUAUUACCGUGCAUUUUUCCUAUCUCGCCUCAGAGCUCAAAGGCACGCAACAACCAACAACGAAAACGAUUUCCCUUCCAAAAUCCUCAGACAUAUAUGGUGUCAAGGGAAUUGCCGGCAGAUUGUUUGGCAAGGAACCUCUCCGGUUGCGCUUGGUCUGGGAGACGGGUGAAUGGGACCCCGUGGCUGGAUUUGAUGAGGACGAAGACGCGGAUGACAGCAACGACGAAGAGGACGCCGCCUUCACUACCGGGAGUGGCGGUGAGGCGGAAGCAAACACGGUGCAGGAGACUAAGGGCGGCAGAUGGGUAAAGAGGGAGGUUGAACUCAAGGAUGGGCCCAGGCAAUUAGGCUUCUGUGUAGAUGGGCUGGAUGUCAAAAUUCGGGUGGAGGACAGGUGA